UGACGCUGCUCGUAACGAGUGAUUUCGCGCUGUAUUUUGAUUGUUUGCAAACAUGAAUUUCCAAUUUGUUAUACCGUAUAAAAACUCGGAUCUGCUUAAUUCAGAGGGAGAUAGUUAUUUUGUGAAACGUGUAUACGAUACUUCUGAGAUUCCGGAGAAGUUAGUAGAAUGCAAAGCGGCUGUCUUACAAGGCGAUGCUCAGUACAUUUUCGACCACUUCGACACGUACUUCUCCAUCGUCGAAAACUACAAGGAAGUCUCGCCCAUCAACCUCCAGCGCUCAUAUGACCUUCUCUUCGUCACCGUCGACAAAGUAGGCAAAAAGAUAUCGGCGGCCCUGAAAAGCACGGAAUUCAUCAACGACAACGACCGCAAUGCUCUCCUGAACAUGACGAAGAUGAGCAUGUAUUUGAUGAUAGAAACCGUGAAGUGCAUCGACCAGGUCAAGCAGCAGGCGCAGAUCGACAGCGGCCAGACGAAGAAGGGGAAGAAGCGGACGGACGAGUUCGACACCCAGGACUGGGACCAGAAACGGUUCAAGUUCCUCGUGCAGCUCUACAACAUCAUGCAGUUACCCCUGGAGCGUCUCUGGAACCCGCCGGUCGCUGAGGAGAACUUCGUAAACAUGCUCUGUGACAUCGCCUAUCGGACUCUGGAACAUCCGAGCGUGAAGGAGCGUAAUGUCGGCGACACUGUCUUCCAAAUCCUCGGGACCUCGAUUAAAAAGUACAACCACGCUAUGUCCUUCCCCGUGCGUAUGCUCCAAACCCUUCGAACCAGCGAAAUCGCGCUAACCCCUGCGGCCAGGGGGAUUUAUCUGCUCUACGAAGAGUUCGGACUGUCCUCCGUGUUCGGUGUCCUAAUCAAAGAUAUCGUGGACACACUAAGCGUCGAUUCAGCCGACACCCAGAUAUCGAGAUAUUUUAGCACUUUCCUAUCAGAACUCGCUGUCUCCGCGCCGAAGCUUAUGAUUCCACACCUUUCCACCCUCGGCGAGGAACUACUCAACCUCGAAUCGCAUGUUCUCCGAAAUUGUGUUUUACAGAUUAUGGGCGACGUGAUAAUUUGCGAACUAACCUCUGAAGAACUCUCAGAGGACAUGAAGGAAAUCCGGGAUGAAUUCCUUGAAGAUCUCCUUUCGCACAUGAACGACAUUUCCGCCCACGUUCGGGCGAAAGUCUUGCAAAUUUGGAACCACAUGAAAGAGGAGAACGCCGUACCCCUGGCGUUCCAACACAAAGUGCUGCGCUGUGCAGUGGAGCGUCUCGACGACAAAACUGCAAUCGCCCGAAAAGCCGCUGUGAAUCUGAUUAAAACUUUCCUCGAGAGAAAUCCAUUCGCUGCCAAACUCACCCUAGCUGAACUCAUCAAACGAUACGAGGAGGAAACUGAAAAAUUACAAAAAUUGCACGAGGUUAUGAUCGAGAAACAGAAAAAGGCGGCAGAGUUGGAUUUGCACUGGCAGGAACAAGUUACUCCUGAAUUGCAGCCAAUCGUGGAGGAGUUUGUUGGGCAAAGCACUCAGGAGCACAUUAACACCGAGGAAACUUGCGAGGACAUGGUGCCGCGGAUCACUGCUUUCCUCACUGAAAAGAAAUACAAAGAAGCUGUCGUUUUGGCGAAAAGGGCGGACUUUGUGGCAGGAAACUCGGAAUUACGGUUGUCCCUCAAAUACGAAGAACAGUGUGCGUAUUUCAUGGUCCUCUUGAAGUCUUACUUAUUCAUUAGCAACGGGUGCUCCGAUGAUAAUGAAGAGUACGUCACGCAGCAGAACACCGUCAAAUUCCUCGAGGAUUCCAUUGAAUUCUCCAAAAUAAUCACGAAAGCGGUGCCGAAAAUUCAGAACAUGUUGAUGUCGAAAACGAAUACUGACGUGUUCGAAGCUGCCGAUUUCUUCACAACUGCCUAUCUGUUUGGUAUUAAAGGGACCGAAUGUGGAAUGCGGCAUUUGCUGUACCUGGUAUGGUCUGGAGAUAAGGAGAAACGUGAUGCAGUCUCCAAUGCAUAUAAGAAAGUAUUAUUCAGUACCGAUCAACAAGGAAGGGCUCAUUCCGUAAAGGUUGUAAAAAAUCUCUGCGCAUUACUAAGCGAUUUGUCCUACGGGCACUACGCAGCAUUGGAGGUUCUGAUAAAAGAAUGGGUCGAGUGCGAUAACAUCGAUUUACAAAUAAUUCAAGUUCUCUUCGAACACUUCACAAUGAAAGUGGAAACCAAUGAAAAUGAAUCUCGGCAAGCGUUACAACUUUUGAUCAUGGCCUCGGCUGCAAAGUCGUCCAUUGCAACUGCGAAUAUUUCUGUAAUAGAAUCAAUCGGGUUUGAACAACGCGCUCUCAAAGAUCCUCGCAUAUACACGGGCUGCAUCAGCUUCCUACUAAAUUCGGUUCCAGUCGACGUAAAAUCAAAAUUCUAUAAACGUUACGAAGAGAGCAACCCGCUAGUACAAAAAGUGAUAACUUUGUUCAAAAAGUUCUUCUUUCACCCUAAAGUCAGCGAUUUCGAUAACAUUGCAAUGCGUACCGUGGAAUUCCUCUACCAAUUGUGUCAAGCCCCUGACGUGUUGUGCCAAAAUUUACUGCAGGAUCUCCAUCUAACCAUGAAAACGUUCCUGAAAAAUGUCCAAUCUCUUCAGGAAUCUCAAGUGUCCGCAUCACAAAUCCCGAACACACAAGAACCGAAGGUGAAAUUGCCCAUCUUUUUGCUAUCUCGAUUUUUAUUCCUUGUUGGAUAUGCAACUAUGAAAGAGAUGAUAUUCCUCGAUAUCGAUAUCUACAAUAAUAUGAAGUUUCGACAAGAUCUCAAGGAGGAAAAGCACAAUUUAAAGAAGAAAACCCAGAACAAGAGGAAAACCAUGAAUCUGGAUAUGUCGGCAAGUGAAACCUUGAAGCGACUGUCAGGCACUGCAGCGGAGCCACAACAAGAGCCUGAUGAAGAGCUAGUUGGCGCCACGGCAGAAGAUAGUAUAGCCGAAUUGAUAAACCACAUAUGCGAGGAUGAACUACUUUACUCUGAAAGUGGACUGCUACCAAAAAUAUUCCCCGUCGUAAUCGAAAUAUGCAAAUAUCCAACCAAAUAUCGAGACGAAGUUCUCCAGCAAGCUGCAUGUCUCACCCUCAUCCGUUUCAUGACGGUCUCCUCAAAACUCUGCGAGAGUAACAUGCCGUUUUUGAUGAACAUUUUGAACCUCACGACAAAUAUUAAAAUCAAGUGCAACAUAGUCGUCGGACUUUCCGAUCUAACUUUCCGUUUUCCAAAUGUUUUGGGCCCGUGGACCGGCCACUUCUAUUCUACACUUCACGAAACCAAUGAUGAGUUAAGACUGUCGGCUGUGAAAAUGCUUUCACAUUUGAUAUUGCACGAAAUGAUCCGCGUGAGAGGUCAAAUCGCUGACUUGGCCAUGUGCAUCGUAGACAGCAACGAUGAAAUCAAGAAUAUAACGCAGCAGUUCUUCAAAGAAAUUGCAAGCAAAUCGAACAUCUUGUACAAUGUGUUGCCGGACAUUAUUUCAAAAUUGAGUGAUUCUAAUCUAAGCUUAGAAGAAGAGAAAUACCAUAUUAUCAUGAGAUACAUCCUUGGACUGAUUCAAAAGGAUAGACAAGUUGAGAGUCUUGUGGAAAAGUUAUGCUUGCGUUUCCGAGUGACAACAGAAGAGCGGCAAUGGCGCGAUAUCGCAUUCUGCUUAGCCUUGUUGAACUACAACGAAAAGACAAUUAAAAAACUUAUAGACAACGUGCAACAUUUCAAGGACAAAGUGCAAAUCGAAGAAGUCUAUCAAUCAUUCAAGACAAUCAUAUCAAACACUUCAAAACUCGCAAAACCUGAAUUGAAAGCUGUAGUCACAGAAUUCGAAAGUCGUCUCAACGAAUGUCUGAAUAUAAAAGACGAUGUUGCCGGUGGUCAACCAGGUUCCGAAAAUUCUGAACAACCCACACGACCAACCGCAAGCAAGCAAAAGCAAUCACGAGGGAAGAAAUCGCAACCGCGUAAAAAGAAAAACAGCAAAACAUCAUCCUCCGAAUCAGAGUCAUCAAGUGAGGACGAAGAUUUCCAAAGAAAACCGCGCGGUCGUGAAACAGCUAACCGAUCUGCAAGAAAUAAGAAAGUCACUCGUAUCGUUGAUUCCGAGUCAUCCGAAGAAGACGAAGUGCCAGUUCCAAAAAGGGGAAGAAAAGAUAAACGGAGAGUUUAACACAAAAUUUGUGCAGUUGUCAGUUUUACACGUGUGUCAUGUUUUUUAUAUAAUAAUACAUUCUUUUAUACAA